CCUUGGUGACAUCUGAGCAAAAAGUGACGUUUUGACGUAUACCUGCGUCCGCUGUCCACAUUUAAUUUUUGUAAAAUUUUUUAUUUAUGCAGAAAAUUAUUAAGUUCUCUUCUUAAAAUGGUGUUUGCGAAAAACUGGGAAGAUUUUGAAAUUGCCGCCGAGUCCAUGUACAUGGCUAAUCCGCAGAACUGCCGAUACACAAUGAAAUACGUCCAUGCGAAAGGACACAUCCUCCUGAAAAUGACUGACAACGUCAAAUGCAUUCAAUAUAAAGCAGAAAACAUGCCCGAUUUGAAGAAAAUCGAAAAGUUAACUGGCAAUUUAAUGGGACAUAUGGCAUCCAAGGAGUAACAAACUCAGUUACAUUUUUCACUGGGGAUCAAGUGGGCACAGAGUAUUUUAAGUUUAAAUAGCAUUGCUUUAGGGCCAGUUUUUCAGUGUCAGCUUAAACUUGGAUCAUGUAAGCUGCGUUUUUUAAUGAGCUGGCUGAUAUUUGAUUGGCUAAGUAGUUUAAACUAGCACAACCGUGCACUGAGAAACUGACCCUUAAUGUUAGCUUUGUAACCACUUUACGAGUGGAGUUUUAGAGGUCAAGAACAUCUUAUGUAUAUACAUAUAUCGAAAACUUCCGAUUCGAAAACAUUUCCAUGAAAUGCUUUUAAUUUAUUGUCAAUUGUAGAUAUGAUGUAAUAAAAUCGUUCUUUUUGUAUUAAAGCAUAAAAUGCAUCUAAUGAUCAGGACUA